AUGUCAAAUUUUUCGGACGCAUCACGCCUAAAGGCUACGGUGUUCGUCGGCGGCCUCGAUCAAGCAGUCACCCAGCAAACCCUGUUCCACGCCUUCCUGCCGUUUGGAGACAUCGUCGAAGUCAACCUGCCAAAGCCAGAUCUACCAAAUUCGAACGAAACACAUCGUGGCUUUGGCUAUGUUGAGUUUGAAGCUGCUACGGAUGCUACAGAUGCGAUAGACAACAUGGACCGGAGCGAACUGUACGGCCAGGUCAUCAAAGUUGCUGCAGCUAAGCCGCAGAAAGACCACACCGAAGGUCUGGGGAGCAAAACAGCUGUGUGGGAGCAGGAAGGAUGGUUGGCCAAGCAUGCUGUGAGCGAAGAAGAUCGUCAAGCAACCGAGCAGCUACAGGAGGAAGCAAACGGCCCUAUGGAUCCGAUGCAAGGGCUUGAGGGCCUUGACGAAGCAGGACCUAAGGCUGCUUGA